UCUCCUCGACCUCGUCCCCCUAACUACUUCCGGUCUCUCGCACGGCUGCCACUGAUCCCCGACAGUCAGUGUAAACAGUUGAGCAGCACUCGUGGGUAUUUUGUCACUUUACUCGUGGCUCUCUGAAUGCAUUCAGAUGCUCGUCAGUCGCUGGUUUCGGCUGUGCACUUUAUGCUGCCGUGCAGCGUACAGCAGCAGAGGAAGAAGAGGAGGAGGAGGAGGAGGAGGAGGAUGGAGGACACUCACAGGACACAGCAAUCUGAAAUAUGCUAGCAUGUCAGAGGUGCAGUAUAGGGGUACAGUAGCAGCGAAACGCCUCUGCCACAGUGGUGUGGGGGACCUGUAUAAGAAUGAGUCUGUUCAGAGGUAUCUUCAGCAGCUCAUGGAGGAGUACAGAGACAUCAGCCAUAAGUUACAGCACGCACAGCUCAUCGAGGCAGAUAGGAAAGUGCUUAUAAAGAGAAACACAGAGCUGCUGCCUCUGGCAAAUGUGUUUGAGAUGAUUGAACAAGCCCUGAAAGACCUCGAGGAAGUUCUUUCACUUCUGCAUAGUUCAGCUGGUACCAAAGACGAAGACGAACAAUUGACCGAACUGUUGAAAGAUGAGGAAGCCCAAAUUUCCCACAAGAUUUUGGCCUUAAGAAAAGACUUGAUCACAUUUCUCGUGCCCUCUGACCCUCUCGACUCCAGUAAUGUUCUGCUGGAGGUUGUAUCAGGACGAACAACGGGAGGUGACAUCUGCCAGCAGUUCACCAGAGAAAUGUUUGACAUGUACCAGGGUUAUGCCUCUUACAAGAACUGGGACUUUGAGGUUUUGAACUACACAAAUGCAGAGUAUGGUGGUUUGCACCAUGCAGCAGCAAGAAUAGCCGGUGAGAAUGUGUACAGACACCUUAAGCACGAAGGAGGAACACAUCGGGUGCAAAGGAUCCCUGAGGUGGGCCUCUCCUCCAGGAUGCAGCGUAUCCACACAGGAACCAUGACUGUCAUCGUCCUGCCUGAGCCAGUGGAGUUUGACAUCCACAUCGAUCCAAAGGAUCUUCGCAUUGACACGUUCCGGUCUCGAGGUGCUGGUGGCCAAAGUGUCAACACGACGGACAGCGCAGUGCGCAUUGUUCAUCUUCCUACUGGCGUAACAGCCGAGUGUCAGCAGAGCCGCUCUCAGUUGCAAAACAGAGACACGGCCAUGUGUGUGCUGAGAGCCAGGCUGUACCAGAGCAUGAUGGGUAAAGAGACCGAGCAGAGACAGAGAGCUCGAAAGCAGCAGGUGGGCACACGCACUCAAUCAGAGAGGAUUCGCACCUACAACUUCAGCCAGGAUCGUGUCACAGACCACAGGACCGGAUAUUGUAGUCGAGACAUUAAGGAGUUCAUGAGAGGAGGGGAGCCUCUUCAUGACUUGAUCUGCGAUGUACUGAAACACGGAGAGAUGGAGGCUCUUCUGGAGGUGGUGGAGAACAACAGCAGGAGCAAUCCGAAAACCCCGGAGUCAGACUGACACCCAUGACUGAACACGCAAUCCAGAUGCCACGUUGGAGGGAAAGUCUACUGGCUUCUCCCAGCUGGACUCUGAGAGUAAUAUGUAUAACCAUCAGGACUGACAGCUUCCAUCCAAGGACAACCUGAAGACCCCUAAAGAGAAACAUGAUAGUAACAUAGAAAUGGGUGUUAUUAUCAACCAACAGGGCAUGUUACCUUAUUUAAACAAAAAUUAAUAUGCCAAAAAUGAACAGAAACUAAAAAAUAAUUUAACCUCAGUCUGUACAGGCUGUGCAGAGGCUGAGGUUUCUCCCUGGAAAUCGUCUGGUUUGUCCCACUGAGAUUCUGUAGUUAAAAUACAAAUAAGACAACUUAAUACCACAAACAAGAUGAAAAGAAUCAGCAUUAAAAAAGUACAAAAACAUCGUAUGUUAUAUGUUGAUGUACAAGACAGUUUCAAGUGUCUCAGGUUAUUCCCACCUCCAGUUAUUGUGUUGUAAUAGUACGUGUGUCCAUCAUCUGUCUGUCCUUCAACCCAAACCUGCACUUCUGUUUGGUCUCUGGGCUUCUUGCUUGUUUUCCCCUUUUUUUGCUGUUUUUUGGCCUGCUGUUUCACCUGAGGUUUUGCCUGAGGUUGUGGCUGUGUGGUUGUUUGGGUUGGUGAAACUGAUCCUACCACAAAAGCACAUAAUUUAAAAAGGUUAUCAAAGAGCAUCUUGAGUAGCCCACAUGUCACACAUUAUGUCAAUAAAGCGUCAAAAUAUUA